CCAAAGAUGGAAUUGUUCGAACUGCGUGUGGUGCCGUGGCGGGCAGUACGAGCAGCAAGUAUAAGUAGAAGAGUGGCAGUAGGAAGUAUCAGUCAGCCGGCAACAUCAGUCCAACAGCAACUUAACCAAGUCUAUACCUACACUACUAAGCAGGCACAAUGGGAGAAGAAGAAAUUGCUGCACUUGUCGUUGACAAUGGAUCUGGCAUGUGCAAAGCUGGCUUUGCUGGAGAUGAUGCACCACGAGCUGUGUUCCCUUCUAUUGUAGGUCGCCCAAGGCAUCAGGGAGUUAUGGUUGGUAUGGGACAGAAAGACAGCUACGUAGGUGACGAAGCACAGAGCAAGAGGGGUAUCUUGACCUUGAAAUACCCUAUUGAACAUGGUAUUGUAACAAAUUGGGAUGACAUGGAGAAAAUAUGGCAUCACACUUUCUACAAUGAGCUCCGUGUUGCCCCUGAAGAACACCCUGUCCUGCUUACAGAGGCUCCCCUGAACCCUAAAGCUAACAGAGAAAAGAUGACCCAGAUUAUGUUUGAAACUUUCAACAGCCCAGCUAUGUAUGUUGCUAUCCAGGCUGUGUUGUCCCUGUAUGCUUCUGGCCGAACCACUGGUAUUGUUAUGGACUCUGGUGAUGGUGUGUCUCACACUGUGCCUAUCUAUGAGGGUUAUGCCCUGCCACAUGCAAUCCUACGUCUAGACUUGGCUGGCCGUGACCUGACUGACUACCUCAUGAAGAUCCUGACAGAAAGAGGCUACAGCUUUACCACAACAGCAGAAAGAGAAAUUGUGCGAGAUAUCAAAGAGAAGCUGUGUUAUGUGGCCCUGGACUUUGAUCAGGAGAUGGCUACCGCUGCCUCAUCAUCUUCACUGGAGAAGAGCUAUGAACUGCCUGAUGGACAGGUGAUCACCAUUGGAAAUGAGAGAUUCAGGUGUCCAGAGGCACUCUUACAGCCAUCCUUCUUAGGUAUGGAAUCUGCUGGUAUUCAUGAGACUACCUACAACUCCAUCAUGAAGUGCGAUGUUGAUAUCCGUAAGGACCUUUAUGCUAACACUGUACUGUCUGGUGGCACCACUAUGUACCCUGGCAUUGCUGACCGUAUGCAGAAAGAAAUAACAGCUCUGGCACCCAGCACAAUGAAAAUUAAGAUCAUCGCACCACCUGAGCGCAAGUACUCUGUCUGGAUUGGUGGUUCUAUCCUGGCAUCUUUGUCCACCUUCCAGCAGAUGUGGAUCAGCAAGCAGGAGUAUGAUGAGUCUGGCCCAUCCAUUGUUCACCGUAAAUGCUUCUAAAUGCUAAAUGUGACUGACUUUUCCUAAGCUGCAAAUGUUUACCUUAGUCAGAAUAACUGGAGAAAAUGUGCAAGAAAAUAUUUUCGAAUCUAGUACAGCAGAACAGAUCUACCAUGUUGGACUAUUGCCUGACCUAAAGAUUGUUCAUAAAGUGGCUCGCAUAAUGCAACCUAGAGCUGGUAGUCACUUUGGACUUUCUGAACAAUGUCACCACUUUUAACUUAAAUUUGUUUUGCAAUAUUUUCUUGCACAGCUAAAUUGUCAGCUUUCCUUUGUAAGGAGUAAAAGGUCUGCUGGAUUUUGCAGGUCCGUGUUUGAUUACACUUAAGAUGCAAUCCCCUUAUUUGGAAGAGUGGGGAUGACAAAGCCAGUUUAUUUUCCUUUAAUGGGUUGGGGGUGGCAGUGAACUUGGCAUUCACACCCACAUGUACUGUAACUGGGGAAACUUGUGGAAUCAAAAUGGCCAUGGACUUCAGUGUGGGAUUUAAUUUGGCUGAUUGACUGUGGAGAUAGGGGUAUUCUUUAUAUAUACCCCUAGGAGAGGGGUGGAGAACGAACAUGCACAAGGUACAGUAUGUAGAAAAGGGAAGGGUGCAAGUUUUGCACCUAACUAAAUAAAAUCUGUUAAAUACAAAGUUGUCUGUAUAUAUUGUAGCAAUAAAAUGAAUUUUUACAGUG